AUGCUGGCUUCGUCAAAGCGGUGUCGUUCGCCUAGCGAUAGCGACGAGUACCUUCCAUCUGCACACAAUUACCAACUUGCACCUAUGAAAGCACUUCUUCGCUCUGCUCGACGUGAUUUUUAUCGUCAAGAUGUGGAAAUGACAUCAAGGGCUGAAGGAGCACUAACUACCGAUGACGAAUUCAGCACUCCUUCCGAUAUCGAAACGAACCUGAGGACUGAAGUAGCAAUACCUACCGUUGAAGGACAAAACACUUUUUCCAAGUAUGAAUUGGAUGAAAAGUGUCGUAAAUUAGCAAUGCUUAUUGCAAAUGCAAAACACCUUGUAGCUUUUACAGGUGCUGGGAUAAGCACGUCCGUAGGUAUUCCUGAUUAUCGUGGAGAGAAUGGUCUUCGUACGAAGAAUUUUAAGCUUCAGACGGAUCAAAAACGACAGCGAAUUGACAGAAAGAGUAGUGACGACAUUAUUGUUGUCCCAGAAAAUGAGAUUCUCGUACCCAUUAUUCCCGAUUUUCACAAUUUGGUACCAUCUCCUACGCACAUGGCACUAUUUGAGUUGCAUCGACUUGGAUUUUUAAAGCAUAUUGUGUCUCAAAAUGUCGAUAAUUUGCAUUUAAAAAGUGGCAUACCUGCAACAGCUUUAACUGAAGUGCAUGGCAAUGCCACACAUGCAAAAUGUGAGACGUGUGAGAAAGUGUAUACUACAAAUUUUCCCUGGACCGGAUUAUGUGAUGAUCCGAAUUGUGUGAGUACGAAAAGAUCGAUCGAACAAAGACUUCGAGCGCGUACACGACAUGGAAAUGGUCGAUUAAAGCGAAAUGUUGUUGGAUUUGAUGAACCCUUGGGUGAUAUUGACAUUGCAAUUGAUGAAUGUGAAGCAGCAGAUGUCGCCUUGGUCCUUGGAACGAGUUUAAGGGUCGAACCAUUUUCAGAAAUGGCCGGGGAGUACGCUGGUUCGUUAUGUAUUGUCAAUUUGCAGCCAACAACAAGUAAACUUGAUCGUCGAGCCGAAGAAACAGGUGUACGGUUGUUUGCAGAGACAGAUAUUGUGAUGGAGAAGAUGAUGCAGCAUUUAUUGAAUGAUUGGACGUACUGUGUUCCAAAAUGGACAGGAAAUCAUCCAACUAUUGUGUUUAAACCUGAACAUGAGAGUGAGAAUCUUGUUAACGUACUUGCUGGACGAAUCUUGUCAUAA